AUGGAAGGACUCCCACAAGAACUCAUCGAUAAAAUCUCCAGCUAUCUACCCAGGCGAGACUUGUGCAAUGUCCUUACCCUAACUGGCAAGUUUCGCUUUGCUGCUGAGAGGCACUGCGGAGCUUUUUCCAAAUUCACUAUCAACGAAAACAACUCGGUCGACUUCCUUGCGCGCUUCUCUAGUCAUCGGCUUCUCUACCUGAAAGAAGUGAUAUUCCGGCCAACCUUCCCAACGCUCGACGACGACCAAGUCCUGUGUCGAGAGCCUGCUCAUGAGGUGUAUGAGAGGGACGAGUCUUUUACACGACAGAUACAAUUCCUCUUCCACAUUCUUCAACUAGUCGAGAAGCAAGCCGGUGAAAAGCAUGCCCCAGGCAGAUAUCGUCUGUCACUUUACAGUCCAAUCAGAACAGUACGUGCCAAAAACGCAUGUCCCCAUCGCUAUCGAACUAGCUGGCGUGUUCGGCUACUGGAAGCCGAGCUAUCUCCAGUCGCGUCUAUUCGGUCGUUCGAAAUCUACAAUAACUACGGCAACGAAUCAUUCGCUCCUUAUCUCCAUAUAGACAGAUCUGGUAAACAAGAGUUCAAGCUCGACUUGCGCGUUCUCAUUGAUCUAGGGAUCAGAAUGCCUAAUCUUGAAUAUCUGGGCUUCCGAACUGGAGGAUACGAAUCGUGCGAAUCGUUCAAUCCAGAGAUGAAUACAUGCAUCGAGCACUACGAGCACGACUGGGCAGGACCUCGUCGAGAUGCUCGACACGACUUUGCAGAUGCUAUCAUCCGCAGUCUCGAUAAGAUACCAAAAACGCUAAGGCAUGCCUCGCUUGAUUUCCUGAGCCCUUUGCUUCGUGCAACUGAUAUACAUCAUGGCAAACCAUUGCCUGAUCUAGUUGGUCACUUGACAUACGAUCCAUUCACUUCGAGUCUUGGUAUGCUAUGCAACAAUCUUCGCCACCUGCAACUACGAGCGAUGAUCGACGAGUCUCUUCUUUUGACACCGUCAAAAAGCUUGACAGAGUUACAUGUCUCUUGGCCACGCUUGGAAAUACUUGACAUCAUGUUUCACAACGCACGCCCUGAUGGAACCUGGUACUUCUCAGGGCCGGCAGGGCAAGGUCAUGUUCCACGUGGAUAUCCGGUGACCAGUGCCUCCUAUCCUCCUUAUGCACCCACAGAGCUCGAUGAGGAUAUGGAUUACGACUUCCUCGACGCUCCUGAUCCGCGUACGGCAUUCAAUAAGCAGUUUCGCGUCGCCCCUACUGCUAAUCUCACCCCACUUCUUGAAUCCUUUGCCAAGGCAGCAAUAAACAUGCCGGCACUCAAGGAAGCUGCUAUAUGGUCCCCUUUAGAAUGGUCCGGUAAAGAUUUCACAGGCAACGAUAUUGAUUACUGGUCUAAGACCGAGGGCGAAGACGACGACAAGAUGCUAUAUAGUCUGGAGUCUCUAGCCUGGGGUAUCAAAUACGCAGAGCCGGGACGACAUACAGAUUCCAGGUCAUGUCGUCGACUGCAGUGGGUAGUCGGGGAUUGGCAUCCUGAUGGAGAGCUGCGGAGCCUAUUUCAGGCGAUAGGGUACGCAAAACACGGUGGAGAGCUUGAAGAGGUCUGGACUGAAGGCCUCGCUUAUGAUGGGGGAAGGAUUUCGGGAAUCGGCCACCGGGGUGAGUUUAAAAGGAUAAAGGCGUAGUAAUGAUAUGAAGAGUGGCUAUCAACUCAUGAAGUCGCACGCCUGAAGUUGCACUUUGUAAGUAAUGUCAUGUUGUAUAUGGUCCAGAAUCAUCCUAUGAAACAUUCUGGUCUCAUGGGGCUGUGGUCAACCGUGAUUGCCUACAUAGGCAGAGAAGCUAGAAGGCAUUGUCGAUGACGAUGGCGACGGUAUGGCAGAUUGUUCGCAGCACUUGGCAUGGGAAACAAUAUAGGAAAGAGC